AUGUAUAAAAAACCAUUUGAUCCAUUAGAUUAUAAUUUAUCAGAAGAUUUUCUUCCUCGAGAUGUGUUGCACCGUCUGCUCGAGGGGCUUGAAUCUACCGAAAAAAACGGUUACGGUGACAAGCAAAAUUCCACUAACCAUUCCGUACUCACGCCAGAGACAAAAACAAAACCGGUGGUUGGAAUUGGACUUGAUUCUUGUGUUAUACCUUUACGUCAUGGAGAACUUUUUCUAGUACAAUCAACAGAUUUCUUUUAUCCACUUGUUGAUGAACCAUAUGUGAUGGGAAAGAUUGCAUGUGCAAAUGUAUUAAGUGAUAUUUAUGCAAUGGGUGUUACUGAAGUUGAUAAUAUGCUAAUGUUAUUAAGUACAAGUAAUAAAAUGAGUGAAAAAGAACGUGAUACAAUUAUGCCAUUAAUCUUACAGGGAUUUAAAGAUUGUGCUGAAGAAGCUGGUACAUCAGUUCAAGGUGGUCAAACUGUAGUUAAUCCAUGGUUAAUUGUUGGUGGUGUUGCUACAUCUGUAUGUAAACAAAAUGAAGUCAUUAUUCCAGAGAAUGCAAUGAUCGGUGACGUAUUAGUAUUAACAAAACCAUUAGGCACACAGGUUGCUGUUAACGCUCAUCAAUGGCUUGAAAAGCCAGAUCGAUGGGAUCGUAUAAAAUCUGUUGUAACUGAAGAUCAUGUUCAAAAAGCAUAUCAACGAGCAAUGAAUUCCAUGUCACGAUUAAAUAAAAUCGGUGCAUCUCUUAUGCAUAAAUAUAAUGCACAUGCAUGUACAGAUGUAACUGGUUUUGGCAUACUAGGACAUGCUGACAAUUUAGCUAAACAUCAAAAAAGUGAAGUCUCAUUUGCUAUACAUACUUUACCAAUUAUAGCUAAUAUGGCUCUAAUAAGUACAACUUGUAAUGGUGCAUUUGGUUUAUUACGAGGUACAAGUGCAGAAACAUCCGGUGGUUUACUUGUAGUUUUACCACAUGAUCAAGCAGCUGCUUUUUGUAAAGACAUUCAAGCACAAGAAGGUUAUCAAGCAUGGAUUAUAGGUGUUGUAGAAAAAGGCGAUCGAUCAGCAAAAAUUAUCGAUAAACCAAGAAUUGUUGAGGUUCCAACACAAGAUACUGAAGGUGAACUUUGGUAA